CUCCUUGCUCUUGUCCCAGCAGCCAUGGCAUCCAUCCGGAAGAAGCUGGUGAUCGUGGGCGACGGGGCCUGCGGGAAGACCUGCCUGCUGAUCGUGUUCAGCAAGGACCAGUUCCCCGAGGUCUACGUGCCCACUGUCUUUGAUAACUACAUUGCGGACAUUGAAGUCGAUGGAAAGCAGGUGGAGCUGGCUCUCUGGGAUACAGCGGGGCAGGAGGACUACGACAGGCUGCGUCCCCUCUCCUACCCAGACACGGACGUCAUCCUCAUGUGCUUCUCUCUUGACAGCCCGGACAGCCUGGAAAACAUCCCUGAGAAGUGGACCCCGGAGGUGAAGCACUUCUGCCCCAAUGUGCCCAUCAUUCUGGUGGGCAACAAGAAGGACUUGCGCAAUGACGAGCACACACGCCGUGAGCUCGCCAAGAUGAAGCAGGAGCCAGUGAAGCUGGAGGAAGGGCGGGACGUGGCGAACAGGAUCAAUGCCUUCGGGUACUUGGAGUGCUCGGCCAAGACGAAGGAGGGCGUGCGGGAGGUGUUUGAGAUGGCCACGCGCGCCGGGCUGCAGGUGCGCAGGAAUAAGAAGCGCAGAGGCUGCCCGCUGCUGUGAGCCCGCACCUGCUCUCCAGGCCGUGUCCGUCUCCCCUACCCCAACCCCACGCGAGCCGGGGGAGAGGG